AUUAUACCAAAUUUUUAAAUAAAUUACGUCAUAAGUAAAAUUCGUAUACAAAAAGAAGUUAAAUUUGAAUAAAAAAAUAUCGGUGCAGUUUAUGACAGAUCAUCGUAUAGUAACCGACGAGAAAGCAAAGUGCUGCAUCUUGGUUGUGAAGAAUUCAGUCCUAUUCCAAAUUCCUGUUGUAUACGCGUUAUUGAAAACUGAAAAGAGAAACGAAAUUGAAACGGCAUGUCUGAGGUUAUUAACCAACAUGAGAUUAAUCAGAGCUACUGGUUUAAAUGGAAUGAUUAUCAAAAUCAUUUAUCCGAUGUAGUUAGACAACUUUUGGAUGAAGAUUGCAUGGUGGAUGUUACCCUAGCAGCUGCGGGAGAACGAAUUCAUGCUCAUCGAAUAGUCCUCUGUGCUUGUAGCACGUUAUUUCGAGAUAUAUUAAGUCAAGUAAAUGAAGAUCACCCAACAAUAAUAUUGAGCGAUAUAUCUGCUCAAGAUAUAAAAUCUAUUGUAGAAUUUACUUAUCAUGGAGAAGUAAGGGUUCCAGUUGAUAAUAUCAGCAGUCUGUUGGAUGCUGCACGUUCUUUAAAAAUAUGUGGUCUUAUCGAGAUCGAUGGACUUGAUGAAAGUGAUUCAGUUAUAAGCUCAAAAGAUUUCAAUGAUAAUAAUGAAGAACCAACAACCAUAAUUAGCGAAGAGACAGAAGAAAAUGUUAUUAGUGCAUUACAACAUAGUUAUGAAGAUUUGGAAGAUCAACAAAAGGAACAAAUUACUGAAAAUUCUACUUUAAAUAAAAGGAAAAAACGUAGACGCGAUGCAACAAAGAGAGAUUAUAGUGAUGAUAUGUUAGCAUCUGCAAUCAAUGAUUUAAAGUCAGGUCAAACUUUAAUAGAAGCUUCUACUAAGCAUAAUAUACCACGUUCAACAUUAUACAUGCGUGCUAAAGCAUUAGGUAUACAUUUAAAUGCAUCAAGAAAUGAAUAUCCAGCAGAAUGUAUGAAAGCUGCUAUAAAUGCAGUAAUUGGUGGCUCAAGUUUGCAGCAUGCAUCAGAAAUGUUUAGUAUACCAAAAACUGUGUUAUGGAGGAGAAUUCAGAAAGAAGGCUAUCAAAUAUUACGAUCUGAAAUGAAAAGAUCUUAUGGUUCUGACAAACGGGAAGCAGCAGUUAAAGCUUUAGAAAGGGGAGAAAACCUAACAAAAGUCGCACUUGAAUUCAAAAUUCCAAAGACCACCUUAUUUAGAGACAAAGCUCGUUUGGUGGACGAAGGGAAAUUGCCGCUAUCCUUUUGGAAAAAACGUAAAACAGAAAAUGAGGAGUUAAAAAAAUCUCGUUUGGAAGAAGCUGUCGCUGCCUGUAAAGGAGGAAAAAUGUCACAAGCCGCAGCAUCAAUGACUUAUCAUAUUCCUAAGACAACGAUAUGGAGGCGUCUUCAACAAGAUGGUAAAAAAUCGGAGCGACUACUAAAUUCAAGGAAACAAAGAAUAACAGACCCUAAACAUAAUUCAGAAACCAAGGUACAGGAAGGUUCUGAUUUUACAUAUUGUGAGGUUUCAUCAGAGAUUCCUAUAACUUAUAUCGAUGAAAAUAGUAUACCUGAGGAUUCUGUGAUAAUAUUAACAGCAGAAGAUAUGGAUGGACUGAAUUUAGAAGAGGGCCGACAAAUUAUUGUUAAUUCUGAAUCGGUGCAAGAGUAUGUUCCCUGUGCUAUAAGCAUUGAAGAGAAUUCAAAUUAUUCGCAGACGGAAAGUUAGCAUAUCACUUCCAAUCAUUUACACACAACAUAAUAUUCCCUUUUGUAUAGUAAAGUGUAUGCUAAUUUAGAAUUUUCAUAUAUAUACAUAUAUAUGAUUAGACGUAAAUAUUAAUUUUAAAUAAUUAUAAUGAAAUUAUUAAUAAUCAUGGUUUAAUUUUGUGUUCAUCUAUCAUUCUUCAACUUGUAUAUUUUAUUCAUGUAUU